AUGUCCUCAUCAAUGACCUCCCAGGUGGCCGAGAGAAUCUUCAGCAAAACCAAGCCGGCCUUGGAACUUGCGAAGCCGCUUGUCUCUGUAUCUGGAGAGAGACAUUGGGUCCACGUCGAGCACCCUUCUGAAGAGUUGUGCAAUCCGGACGAGCACAUGGCCAUGAUGUCGCCAUCCUGGGUCGCAGCCCGACUCGACCCGACUCUUCCUCUCGUACCUGAUGCUGCUGUCACCGCUCGCGCUGGUCGCGAGAAUGAGAGUGAAACCAGCAUGAUCUCGUACUACGAGUGCACAGGGCCCUUUGACGAAAAUUUCUGGCCAUCAGCUAAUAACGAACCUGGCAGAACGUUCCAGGAAACUAUGCAAGAGGUAUUAGAGUUCCCAGGAGAGACUACGAUCAGGAUUGUGAACUAUUUGACAGCUGACGAUCCUGUUGCUAGAGUGAGGAUCCGGCUAGAGUGCCUGCCAGAAGCACCCGCUCUCGCUGACCUGGUUUGCCAAUUUGAAAUGACAUCGGAGGAGUUCCAGCAUGCGGAUGGCUUGUUAUUCGGUCAAGACCGUCCACAAUGGUGCAUCGACAUUGAGGAUGUGGUGUACCGCAAUUCCGAUCGAGCAUGCCGUCACGUCGCCUUUCAAUACUACGACCCGCAAGACGAACGAGAGCAUGGAGGGAACUUACAUGCUGGCGCAACAGCGUUCGGACGUCAGCGCCACCCAAAGUACAGCCAAGUACUCCAGCACCUCGCCACCGCGGCCAACACUGACCAACUCCCAGAAGACGAUCGUGCCUGCAUAGUGUGCGCCGAGGAUUAUUUCAUCAGACCAGGCCACCACCCCGUCGUCCUCGCAGCCGUCUGCGGCCACGACCAACACAUCGUCUGCGCCAACUGCGUCCUCCAAAUCUGCGAAGCCAAGGGCCCGAAAGAAGCCUGCUGUCCCCACUGCCGCGCAAAAUACUUCACCACGAAACCACAGCUCGACUUCCUCGUCUUUGGUGAAGUGAACGGUGUAUUCCACGCCGACGACUCCUACACAGACUGGGAAAACUUCCAGCGUUCCUGUUCCGACCUCGAUAAGAAAUCCGCCAUCACCUCCGACACUACCAUCAGCAUCACCAACCCGACCGCACUCUUCAACAUCUGGCUCACCCUCUUUAGCGACGACCUCAAAGACGCCGCCGAGCCAUUUGAUAAACGUCUAGACUUCACCCCGGAAUUCCGCACCCUCGUCCUCUCCGUAGAGUCCUUCUUCCGCUACGCGCACGGAGUCGAGUACACUGCCGCUGGCUUCCGCCGCAAGCUGCUCGACGACAUCCACAACACUUUGCUCGGCGAGCAACUGGCCGAUGAAAACGAUGCCAUACCACGCCGCAACCCAACCUUACCCAUCGGCGCCUCGUUCUUCCGCCCAGGAAUGGCGCAAGCUCUCGACCGGUCGUUGGAGCGGUUCUUCCGUGCGCUGGAAUUGAGGAUGUGCGCGUGCGGUGCGGCUGCGGACGAAUGUGGGAAGCAUGAGCACGGCGAUCGAUACUUUUGGUGUCCGAAUGAGGUGGGCCGGAAGAGGGAGGCGCUGAAGACGUGGGAGUAUGUUGAUGAUACUGUUGCGAUUCACGAUGAGUUGAUGGGGUUGGAGAGGAGGUUUAGGGAGGAUCGGAGGGGAAGACGGUAG